AUGGUUCCCAAUUUGAAAGCUGAAGCUCUCAGAUAUGGGAAUUUGGCACAGCUUUGUUACGACGCAAUUGAUGGCAAAAGCUACUCCAAAAACUACGGCACAUGUUAUCACAGUAAAAGAUAUCUGUUCAAUAAGAUGGGCAUGUCUGAAAGUGGCUACCAAGUCACUAAAUAUGUUUACGCCAAUACUAAUCUGUUGAAUGAAGUUUUUGGUGAGAAACCAAAAGACCAAGGUGUUUGGUUGGGUUUUAUUGCAGUUUGCACGGAUCAAAAUGAGAUAAGAAGGCUUGGACAACGAGACAUAAGAUGCAAGAGGACAGGCAAAGACCAAGAGCAUCAUUUCGCGGAUGGAGUACUAAUUGAGAGAGGAUUCCUGAGCUGCUAUACUUCAACUGUCCGUCACCAUCAAGGCGCUGCAGGAACCACUGUGAACAUCAGCACCAGAGAUUUGGUAGUCUCAGAGAUAGAACGAUUGAUUCGAGUUUAUGAAAAAGAGAUGGACAAUUUAAGCAUAACAUUUACGGGACACAGCUUAGGAGCUGCUCUUGCAACCUUGAGCGCUUAUGAUAUCAAACAAAUGCUUUGCACCAAGCAUAACUUUCAUCAAAUUCCCGUCACCGUCUUCGCUUUUGCCUCUCCCCGGGUGGGAAAUCCUGCGUUUGCUAAACGAGUGGAGGAGAUUGCAGUGAAAGUGCUGAGGUUUGUGAACAAGCGUGACCUGGUUCCCAAAGUACCCGGAGUUUGUAUGAACGAGAACGUGGGAUGCCUCAGCAAAUUGCUGCAUUGGCUUCCGUGGACACACUUUCAUGUUGGCGUCGUGCUUCCUUUACACAACAAUUCUCCAUUCAUUCAGCACACCCAUAAUCUUGCCUACUUUCAUAAUUUAGAGCUUUACUUGCAUUUACUGGACGGGUACGUUGGAAGUAAGCAGCCGUUUUCUUGGAGUGGAAGAGAUCAUGCUCUGGUUAAUAAGAGCUGCGAUUUAUUGCGCGAGAAAUAUGAAAUCCCUCCAAAAUGGUGGCAGGAACAGAACAAGGGCCUCGUUAAAGGUCCAGAUGGCAAAUGGACGCAGCCAUCAGAAGAGGAAUAA